AGAAUUAAAUAUAGAAACACUUUUUUUCCCCGAGAGCAGAGCAUUCUUCUAAAAAUAAAAAGUGGCUGUGAAAUGCAGAUGUAAGCUCACACAGCACCUUUCCUUCUUCGCUUUGUAUCUGUCGCCUCAUUUAAAUUUACAAGAAGCAAGCAAUAGAAAAAAAAUGCAGAGUCUAAGCACAAAAGAUUUGAUGGGUAGUGAGGAGGGGAGGGGGGUCAAGAGAACAGGAAACCCAAAGUUGACGGGAAACCCAAGUGACAUUUGGGUUUAUUGAGUGAGUGACUUAUACCCUUAAUAUCACUCGUCAGGAAGCGGGGAAAGGAAACUGAGAUGCUUUGAGAGUAUAAAUGAGGGGCUCCAUCAAGGUGAAGUCUGCAGAGCUGUGCUUUGCCCUCCAGUGGCACCCAACCAGGGGCAGCAGCAGAAUAAAGGAUAAAGACCCCAAGAUGCAGACCUGCUGCCAGGCCCUGCUGCUGCUUCUGGCUGCUUGCACCCUGCCUGCCCACUGCUUGGAGCCCACCUGCCUGCACUUCUCCGAGCUGCUGCCCAUCCAGCUGCGGGAGCUGAGGGUGAAAUUUGAGGAAAUUAAGGACUAUUUUCAAUCCAGAGACGAUGAACUUAACAUCCAACUGCUCAACUCCGAACUGCUGGAUGAAUUUAAGGGGAACUUUGGCUGCCAGUCAGUGUCAGAGAUGCUGCGCUUCUACACAGAUGAGGUUCUGCCCCGCGCCAUGAAGACCAGCACCAGCCACCAGGAGAGCAUGGGCGACCUGGGCAACAUGCUGCUGGGCCUGAAGAUGACAAUGAAGCGCUGUCACCACUUCUUCACCUGCGAGAGGAGGAGCAAAGUCAUCAAGCAGAUCAAGGAGACGUUCGAGAAGGUGGGUGUCUUUCAGGGCGGUUUUGCUGCUGGAUCCACGCACUCAGAGGGUGUUAAAGUUGUGCCGACGCAGAGCAGCUCAGCUCAGAGCAGCUGCUGCGUUCCUUCAGUGGGUGGGGAGAGAACAGAGGUUUCGGUGGAAGGAGAGCACAGCUGGGGAUUCUGCACCGCGCGUGCAGCCGAUGAAUCACGGGCUGACUUUCACCUGCAGAUGGAUGAGAACGGGAUCUACAAAGCCAUGGGGGAGUUCGACAUCUUCAUCAACUACAUCGAGGAGUACCUGCUGAUGAAGAGGGGGAAGUGAGCACACACGGCUGCUCUCAGCCCAACCCUGUGGUGUUACGAAGCACACCAUGCUGUGCUGGGAUUCAGCCCAAGGCUUACAGCUCAGUGGCAGCUUAACAUUCAGUUUUCUAUUUAAGUGUUUUUUCCCUUCCAAAUGAAUUUAAUAUUUAUUAUUUUUUUUUCUAAUACCUCAGUGCCUAUGUUUACAACAUUGUAUUAUUAGUUUGUGAACUAUUUAUUGUUCCGUGUUUUGUACCAUUUAUGAUAGCGCUGUUGCAUUUGUUGCUUUAGAGCUCCCACCCCUCUGGGGAAUGAGCCGAGUUCACCCUGAAUGCAAUUGCUUUGAGCACAGUCGUUGGGCAGCAGCAAACCCAGCCCUGGGCUCAUCAAAGCCCAGCUGCAAACACCAGCUGAGCCCUCUGCUCCCCUUCUUUGCAGCUAUGAUUUAUUUAAGCAAUCAGCUAUUUCUUUCCAUAGCCACGUCCCCGUCUCUGGUUUUGCACUUGCAAUUGAGCACUGAGACAUCCAGAAUUAUCACACGGCCUUGCACUGAGCAAAAUGACCAGAAAUAACAGAAAGCAGGUUGGUUUUCUCCUGCUUUGCAUGGAAAGCCACGUGGAGGAGAGGAGCUGCUCCCCAGCAAACAAUUCACGACUGCCUCAGCAAUAGCUCAGUUGACCCUGGCUAUUUCCCCCAGCCUCUAUGCUGUUCGAGGUCAAAGAGAGUUAAUGGUAGGAAUUAAGCAGUUGGUUCUAAUAGAACUUGAUUUAAAGGCUGCUGUCGACUGGCUUCCAGAGCUGCUGGGUUGGACACUCUGCACUUUGAAGAAUUAACUCGGGUAGUUUUCAGUCUUUGGUUGAGUUUUAUUCAGUGUUUAUUAUAUUUUUUUUAAUUUUUAGAAAUUAGAGGAUAUUUAAUUCGCCACCAUUUUAAGGUGGGUUGAGUAAUUUGUAUUCAAAUCUGUAGAGCCGCAUGCAGCACUGGCAACAUUUGGUUUCAUUUCUAAUUUGCAAGAGGAGAUGGAGGAACAUCCCAAGACCUGGAGGGCAUUUGCUUCUAAUAUUUAGAAGUAUUUGUGCACCAGGACGAUGAAACGCAGCCAGUUUGCUGUUUGCUUUCCUGUACUUUGUAAAUUACUGCUGGAAAGUGACUAUUUAUAUGUGAUUUGUUCUGUUUUUGUGUGUACGGAGAUGGAAGGGCAUCUGCUUGGGAAGUAUUCCCAGUGCAGUGCUGUUGGCUCAGGGCACUGCUGGAUCCUCACUGGAGGUGGGCACAGCCCCAGCUGCUGUCACUGUGUGAGAUGCUCCAUGAGUUUGCAUGGAAAGAAAGAUAUCAUUUUUGCUAAUAAAGACCUUGUGGCAAACAAAGGCUCUCCUCUGUUCUUCCAAGCUGUUAACGUGGCUGUACAGCACCACCAGUGUAUGGAGGCAAUGGGAAAUGAGUGCAUGCAGGGAGAACCACCAAGGACUCAAUGCAUGCAUUAAUGACCAGAGAAGCAAGAAGACACAGGGGACUCACAUUUAAAUGCAAGUUUCUAAUGCAAUAUUCACUGGAACAAACCCCUUUGCCAUUGUGUUAUGGCAGAGAAACUCUGUCCCAUGCAGUCCAUAGUGGCACUGAGGGAUGCAGUCAGUGGGCAGAGUAUGGAUGGGGUGGGGUUGGACCUGGCCAUCCUACAGCCUUUUCCAACCUCGGUGAUCCCAUGGCUUCUCCUUUGCUCUCCAUCAGGACGAGGCCUUGACCCCAGAUCAGACAGGAGAUACCACUUCCACUCUAACACCAGCCAAUAUCCA